CUGGGCGCAGACAGAACUCGUGUGUCAGAAGCUUCAGUUCCCCUGUUUCUGGAAGAAACUGUGGUUUUGUUAACAAAGAUGAUUUUAGCAGCGCCAGUGGUUUCUGCCUGUCUGUCCCCGUGGACAGUGCAAGUGCUCAGCCCACAGCAAGGACAGCAGAGGCGACCCAGACCCUUGGCCUGCGGGUCCCCGUAGCGCUUCGCCUCCAUGUGGCGCCCCUGAACUUUAUCUGGGGUCACGUCUGUCGCCCCCGCUUCACCGAUAGCUUGGGGUUGUUUGUAGCCUGGCGCCCAGCACAGCUCCUGGCGCAUCCCAGGGGCUUGGCUCCAAUUCAGAGCGAUUGGCUUGCUCCCCAUCCACCCCAGCUUUCUCAUCCUGGCCGGGCUCCUUCUCUUUGAAACCUACUGGCUGGUUUCUCGCCACACUGUUAGUUGAAAUUCACAUGUCUAGAAGCUCAAAGUAGUGAAUAUUCAGAGUUCUUUCUUGUUACUGAUGUCCUAAAUUUGAGGGAAAGGAACUUAGGAUAUGAAAAUCCCAUAGAAGCAGGUGGGGAAUUACUGUUGUUUAUAGAUGGAGAAUUACCGGAGCGUCUGGUAGAGACAGGAGGUAGGCCCUGAAACAGCACAUGCCUGUCUGCUCCAACAAUGGUCAGUACCUGCUAAGGGGAGAGAGGGAACAGGAGAGAAGCCCCCCCUCCCCUGCAGAUUCCUUCACAGGACAACCAAGUCUUCAGUUUUAAAACAGGGAGUAGCUGCCUCAGGAAGCUCCACGUUAAUCCGCUUCUGAUUCAAAUGAUAAAAUUUUCCUUAAGGAAGGAUUUGUUAUGUGAGGAGCCCACCCACCCGAGCAGCUCUCCGCCAUCUCUGGAGUACCCUGCAGUGAAAAUUACUGUUAGAAACGGCAUGUGUUAAAAAUAAAUUUGGUUACAUGAAGGAAUAAUCUUCAGAAAGAGCUUCCCUCACAAAUUGCAGUCGUCCUUCUGCUUCUGGGCACCCGCAUUUAAGGCGUCUGGACCUUUUUAUACAGCAACUGCUUUGCAGAUGACCAGAAACAGACAACAGAGAGUUGCAGUUACAAAGAAUACAAAUACGACAUGUGAAUGUUUGCUAUGUACGCCUCCAUAAUAGCUAGCAUUUCUCAGAUCUGGUUUAACCAUUUCUCCUCUUAGAAGUUAAUUUUUUUUUAAAGGAAUCUAUAUUUUUCAGCAGCUUUGUAACCAAGAGAGUAUGUGAACAAAAAGGAAAUGCAAAUACUUGAGAAAUUGUUCUUAGUUUCCUCUAGGUUAAGCCAUGAUGUCUACACCAUAAUCAAGUCAGUGUUUAUUAAAUGUCAAGUGGUUUGCAGGAAAAAUUUAGAUAGUACAACAGUGGCAAUUCACGAUGAAGAGAUCUACUGCAAAUCCUGCUAUGGAAAGAAGUACGGGCCAAAAGGCUACGGGUACGGCCAGGGCGCAGGCACACUCAACAUGGACCGGGGUGAGAGGCUGGGCAUCAAGCCUGAGAGUGUUCAACCUCACAGGCCUACAACAAAUCCAAAUACUUCCAAAUUUGCUCAGAAAUACGGAGGUGCUGAGAAGUGUUCCAGGUGUGGGGAUUCCGUAUACGCUGCUGAGAAGAUCAUUGGAGCUGGAAAGCCCUGGCACAAAAACUGUUUCCGAUGUGCCAAGUGUGGGAAGAGUCUUGAGUCAACAACUCUGACUGAGAAAGAAGGUGAAAUCUAUUGUAAAGGAUGCUAUGCGAAGAACUUUGGGCCUAAGGGAUUUGGCUACGGCCAAGGAGCAGGAGCCCUUGUUCACGCUCAGUAGAGGUGCAAACCCAGAACCAAGAUCACACACUGAGAAUCUCUACAUAAUCUAGGCACAGAUAAUCUAACACUAAACUACUGUGAAAUUCUCCCAGUACUGAAGUACUGUAUGUUGCCCUAUACUUGGAUAGGCCAGCUGACUAGUAGGAAAAGAGCACUAUAUCUUUUUGCUUUAUUCAUCAGCAUUUCAAGAACCAUUUCUUUUACAUUUUAAAUAAAACUUCAGCUUGAUUUGGGU